AGGACCCUGGCUGCGCCUGGCCAGCUCCAGGACAGACCCACACUCCAGCCUUGAGCCCUCAGCGCCAGCUCCGUGGCUUCCAAUGAGACUCCUCCCGCUUCUAGUGGGUUUCUCCACUUUGUUGAAUUGUUGCUACACACAAAAUUGCACCAAGACACCGUGUCUCCCAAAUGCCAAGUGUGAAAUCCACAACGGUGUGGAAGCCUGCUUCUGCAGUGUGGGGUUCUCUGGAAAUGGCGUCACAAUUUGUGAAGAUAUAGAUGAGUGCAGUGAGUCGGCUGUCUGCGGUGAUCAUGCUGUAUGUGAAAAUGUGAACGGAGGAUUUAACUGCUUCUGCAGGGAAGGCUACCAGACCUCCACCGGGAAGUCGCAGUUCACGCCUAACGAUGGCUCUUCCUGCCAAGAAAGUGUGAGUUCAAAUUGCCACUUAGAGCUUGCCUGCAUUGCUGCAAAUGUUAACAAAACCUUAAAAAGAAUUGAACCCAUAAAGGAGCAAAUGGCUUUACUAAAAGAAAUUUACAGAAAUUCUGAGGGAGAACUCUCACCAAUGGAUAUAGUCACAUACAUAGAGGUACUUGCUGAAUUAUCCCCUCUACUAGACUAUGUGAACAGUACCACUUCAGCCAAGGAUGAUCGUUUCAAUUCAACCCUUACUGAAUUCAUAAAAACCAUCAAUAAUUUUGUUCAAAAGAAUACACUUAAAGUUUGGGACCAAUUACCUACAAAUCAUAGACGACUUCAUCUCACAAAACUGAUACACACUGUUGAGCAUAUCGCCUUAAGAAUAUCUCAGAACUUCCAAAAGACUACUCAGUUUGAUACGAAUUCUACUGAUGUGGCUCUCAAGGUUUUUGUUUUUGAUUCAAAUCACAUGAAGCAUGCUCAUCCCCAUAUGAAUGUGGACAGAGGCUAUGUAAAGAUAUUCCCAAAGAGAAAGACUUCACAUGACUCAACUGGCAGUGUUGCUGUUGCAUUCCUGUGCUAUAAGAGCAUUGGCUCCUUGCUUUCCCCAUCUGAUGACUUCUUACUGGACCUUCAGAAUAAUGAUAAUCCUGAAAAAAAGGAAAAAGUCAUUUCUUCAGUGAUUUCUGCCUCAAUUAGCUCAAAUCCACCCACACUGUAUGAACUUGAAAAAAUUACAUUUACACUAAGUCAUGUAAAGGUCUCAGAUAAGUACAGGACAUACUGUGCCUUUUGGAACUAUUCAACCAAUGCCAUGAACAACGGCAGCUGGUCAUCUGAGGGCUGUGAACUGACGUACUCAAAUGACACCCACACCUCAUGCCGCUGUAGUCACCUGACACACUUUGCAAUUUUGAUGUCUUCUAGUACCUCCAUUGGAAUUAAAGAUUAUAAUAUCCUGACAAGGAUCACUCAGCUCGGAAUAAUUAUCUCACUGAUUUGCCUCGCCAUAUGUAUUUUCACCUUCUGGUUCUUCAGUGAAAUCCAAAGCACCAGGACCACAAUUCACAAGAACCUCUGUUGCAGCCUUUUUCUUGCAGAACUUGUUUUUCUUGUUGGGAUCAAUAUCAAUACAAAUAAGUUGGUCUGCUCUAUUACUGCUGGCCUGCUUCACUACUUCUUCUUAGCUGCCUUUGCCUGGAUGUGCAUUGAAGGCAUACACCUGUAUCUCAUUGUUGUGGGAAUCAUCUACAACAAAGGGUUUUUGCACAAGAACUUUUAUAUCUUUGGCUAUCUCAGCCCAGCUGUAGUUGUUGGAUUCUCAGCAUCCUUAGGAUACAAGUAUUAUGGCACCACCAAAGUAUGUUGGCUGAGCACUGAAAACAACUUCAUUUGGAGCUUCAUAGGACCAGCAUGUCUAAUCAUUCUUGUUAAUCUCUUGGCUUUUGGAGUUAUCAUAUACAAAGUUUUUCGCCACACUGCGGGGUUGAAACCAGAAGUUAGUUGCUAUGAGAACAUAAGGUCUUGUGCCAGAGGUGCCCUUGCCCUCCUCUUCCUUCUGGGUACUACCUGGAUCUUCGGGGUUCUGCAUGUGAUACAUGCUUCUGUGGUGACAGCUUACCUCUUCACAGUCAGCAAUGCCUUCCAAGGGAUGUUCAUUUUCUUGUUCCUAUGCGUUUUAUCUAGAAAGAUUCAAGAAGAAUAUUAUAGAUUGUUCAAAAAUGUUCCCUGUUGUUUUGGCUGUUUAAGGUAAACAAAGAGAAUUCCUGAUAACUAUAGCUCCAAUGAAAUGAAAACUUCAAGAUUCAAAUAACCCGUGUAUAAAAAGCAACCAGUUCUUUCAUUGUUAGUAAUUAAUUUCAAAUUCAUGUUUCUAUUCACAGUAUAAAGGAUGUAGUUAAUGUGAGAUAAAAUUAUGGAGCAGAGAGCUACAGUGUGUUUUCCUACAUGACAUAGUUAGAUAUGUCAAAAAUAGUACUGCAGAUAUUUGGAAAGUAAUUGGUUUCUCUGGAGUGAUAUCACUGUGCCCAAGGAAAGAUUUCUUUCUAACAUAAGAAAUAUAUGAAUGUCCUGAAGGAAACCACUGGCUUGAUAUCUUUGUGACUCAUGUUGCCUUUCAAACGAGUCCCCUACCACCUUAGUAAUGAGUUCUGUUGCAGAAAGGAGAACAUAAGAGAGUUGGAGGGGAGAAUACAUAGCGAUGAUGAGAGCCUGUCUGAUGAAGAAUUGUCAUCCCAAUAAACUUGGCUUUCUCUCAACUUGAUGAGAAAAUUUCAAGAUAAAAUAAUGGAAAAAAAAUACAACCUAGCAGUUUGGGAAUUGGCCUGAACUUAAAAGACCCAGACCUAAAUUUGCUAUAUCCACGAUUGUUUUUAAUAUUAUAAAAGAAAACAAAGAAAAAUCCCUACAAUGAAAUAUAUGUAUGUUCUUACAUUAACAUUAGAUUUGAGUGUAAAAUGUUUUUAUUCUUCAGAUUGAGACUUCAAAUGUAUAGUCAGUAAAGCACAAAUUUGUCAAACUAUAAUACUGUUUAUGUCUAUACUGCAAAAAUAGAGUGUGAAGUAUUUUGUCUAAAAUAUUUUACUGUUGUGAAAAUUAUCUUUUCAUAUUAGAGCAAUAUACUUGAAUACUUCAUUGUUUUUAAUCUUAUAAUGAGUAUAAUUCAUGUUGCAACAAUUCCUUUUAAUUGACAGUUUUUAAGAGGGCAUUGUAAAUUUAAAGUAUUCUUAAAGUGAAUUGUAAUUUUUUUCUGAUCAGGAAAAUGCACCAUUAAAGCAUUAUUUGUAAUUAAGUCACUGAGUACUGUAGGAGAUUCAUAGCGGAUGUAUUUGCUGACCAUUUGCUAGUGCCUAUCAAAGUCUGCUUGUUUCAAUGUGUGGCUCCUGUCUAGUCUCUUAUUCAAAUGAAGAGCAGAUUUUCAUUUCAGAAACAUGUCAUUGUUCUGUAUACCUUCCUGAGGAUGUGACUCAUGGGACACUAUGAUUUGACUAUCUACGGCUGUUGGGUGAAGCCUGACGUGUCCUCUCCUGAAAAUAAAAAGUCAGCUUGUGAAGCAGUCCUACCACUGUUUGGCUGGGAUGUGCACUCACCUGCUAAGAAGGACUUUGCAUUUCUAGAGUCUGUGAGACAAUACACUUUCAUUUCAUCUCCCAGUUUCUUACGUGUUCAAUCUGUGACCCAAGACUGCCAUUGGCAUUCCAGGAUAGUACUGUAGAAGUGGGAUAUCAACACCUAAUCGUUCAGUCAAUAGACACAAAGCUAUCCCAUGUGGCAGACAGAAUAUCCAUCCCCAAAUACCCAUGUACUGCUCUUCAGAACCCAGGACUACGGUGUCUGGUGGGGAGAAGGGGGAAGUGAGCUGGCAGUUGGCUCAGUUCAUCUCAGCUGGAAAAGGAUCCUGCUACCCCUGUGGAAGUCAGCAUGGAGAUGCUGUUAUCUUAGUCUGGGUCACCCAUUUUUGACCUCUUCUUUCCACAGCUAUAAGACAAUAAAAUUCUAUUAUUGAAGCCA